UUCCCUAGCAUAUGCUCACGAAGGGACAGCGUGGAGGAGGGGGGGAGUUAUAGUGAAAGACGAUGAAUGCAUAAGCUUGAGAAAUACUAUUUCCUGUAAGAGGGAAACAGGACUUCUUUGCAUUUCUCUGCGUUUGGCCAUAACGGUACUGGGGUGGCGGUGAAUGAUUAUAAACACGUGGAGGCCCACCAUUUUAAUCUUUUUCUCCCCACGCGUCCAUGCAGACAGUCUUUUCGCUGAACAUGGCAACUGUCAUCCAAGAGACUUGCACGUUUCAAACGUCUUGUUCAAAUUUUGAUGUUAUUAAAGGACUGUCUUACCUACCUGAAAAGUUAAAAGAGAGACUGCUUCCUUUUCAGAAGAAAGGAAUUGUGUUUGCAUUGGAAAGAGGUGGCAGGUGUAUGAUUGCAGAUGAGAUGGGCUUGGGAAAGACUAUUCAAGCAAUAGCUAUAUCUUACUACUACAGAAAUGAAUGGCCUCUAUUAAUAGUGGUGCCCUCCUCUCUGAGGUACCCUUGGGUUGAUGAGAUAGAGAAAUGGAUCCCCGAACUCUGUCCAGAGGAUAUAAUCAUCAUUCAGAAUAAAACUGACAUUUGGAGAAUACCUUCAAGCAAAGUCACUGUGCUAGGUUAUGGCCUGCUAACUUCAGAUGCCAAGACUUUAAUAGAUACUCUAUACAAACAAAACUUCAAAGUAGUAGUAGUUGAUGAGUCUCACUACAUGAAAUCCAGAAAUGCAGCUCGUAGCAAGAUACUGUUACCAAUUGUACAGAAUGCCAUUCGGGCCAUUCUCCUCACUGGAACCCCUGCUUUAGGAAGACCUGAAGAGCUUUUCAUGCAACUUGAAGCACUUUGCCCAAGAAAAUUUGGCACAUGGCCUGAAUAUGCAAAGAAAUAUUGUGAUGCACGUGUGAGAUUUUUUGGCAAAAGACAGCAGUGGGACUGCAGAGGAGCUUCAAAUUUAGAUGAACUGCACCAGUUGCUAAGUAAUAUAAUGAUUAGGCGUCUGAAGAAUGAAGUUUUAACUCAGUUGCCACCAAAAAUCAGACAACGGAUUCCUUUUGAUCUUCCUCAAACUGCUGCUAUGGAAUUAAAUGCUAGCUUUGACGAGUGGGAGAAAUUAAUGAGGGCUUCAGACUUAGAUUCUACAGAAAGUGACUUUGUCCAGGUGAUGGGCCUAAUUACACGCAUGUUUAAACAGACUGCCAUUGCCAAGGCAGGAGCAGUAAAGGAUUAUAUCAGAUUGCUGCUUGAGAAUGACAAACUGAAGUUUCUAGUCUUUGCUCAUCAUUUAAGCAUGCUUCAGGCUUGUACCGAGGCAGUGAUAGAAAGCAAGGUUCGAUAUAUUAGAAUAGAUGGAAGUGUACCUUCAGCAGGAAGGAUAAACCUUGUCAAUCAGUUUCAGAAGGACCCAGAUACUAGGGUGGCGAUUUUGAGCAUUCAGGCUGCUGGUCAGGGUUUAACCUUUACUGCUGCCACUCAUGUGGUGUUUGCUGAACUAUACUGGGAUCCUGGGCAUAUUAAGCAAGCGGAAGAUAGAGCACAUCGGAUUGGACAGUGCAGUUCUGUGAAUAUCCAUUAUCUCAUUGCAAAGGGAACACUGGAUCCUCUUAUGUGGGGAAUGUUGAAUCGUAAGGCCAAAGUUACAGGCACCACUUUAAAUGGCAAAAAAGAAAAACUGCAGGCACAAGAAGGCGACAAAUCCAAAUGGAAUUUCCUGAAUUUUGCUGAAGCCUGGAUCCCAAAUGAAAGUAUAAAUGAGAUAAAGCAUGAAGUUUUAUUCACCCAUUUUGAAAAGGAAAAGCAGCAUGAUAUUCGUGCCUUCCUUUCACCAAACACAAAUGCUGAAAAAAAGCGAAAAAUUGCUUCUGGUGAUAAGUCUCCAGGCUUCAGUCCAGAUUCUUCUCAAGCCUUGAAGGAAGAAGACCUGGAGAAUGGUGAAUAUUUGGACUCUGAGGGACUAAAUAACAAGGAUGCACUUUGUAGAGAAGCAAAGAGACCAAGAGCUUUACUGCCAUCUACCCCAAAGAGUUCUAAGAAAGGGAGGAAAUACUUGUUUGGAAAAACAAACCAUUCAUUUGCAGAAGAAACUAUCCCAGAAGACUUGGGCACACCGUUACCUAAUUCAAGCAAAGGACCUGCUCCUGAAGCAACUUGGCAUUGCAGUCUUUGCACUUACAGUAAUAAUUCAUUGCUGCCUUAUUGUGAAAUGUGUGAAUCUCCUCGGGGAAGAAAUCUUAUACAGAAUAAAAGUCAAAUCAACAAUUCUGUUUCUAUUGGGAGUGAGGAAGAAAACGCAGCCCAAGAAGUUGCAAAUCUUAGUGAUGCAAAGAGAGCCAGUAAAGGUAGCCAGAGGACAAACCCAGAGCAAGCACUGGCUGGAGUGUCUGGUGGAGCCAAGGAAGAAGCAACUCUUGCCACAAAUGAGCAGUUUGACUGUUGUGAGCAAGAACUCAGAGUAGAGCAUGUAGAGGAUUCAGAAUCCUUCCCAGCAUAUUGUGGCCUGAUGUUCUGUGCAAGUAGAAAUACAGACAGAGUUCAUGUCUACACAGUGGAUGGAGAGCCUCUGUAUUGUAACUUCAUUCCAUUGGAUAUAAAAUUAGAUAGCUGGGAAGAUUUACCAGAGUGCUUUCAACAAAAACAGAACCGUUCAUUGAUACUGAGAUUUGUAAGAGAAUGGAGUGGUCUAACAGCAAUGAAGCAGAGAAUUAUCAGGAAAAGUGGCCAGAUAUUUUCUAGUCCCAUUCUUGCUUCUGAAGAGAUGUUGUCUAAACAGCAAUCCAAGCUCAGCAGUACCAAACGGUACAUGACAAAAGAGGAUGUUGCCAACGCUUCGCUAAGGAAAGCUGACUGCAGUGGAGGCACUGUUCGUAUAGUUACCAAAAAAUCCACAGUUGCUUUAAAAGGCCCCACUGCUUCUGCUGGAAGCACGGACAAAAAUUCUACCAAGUUGGCUUCAGAAGAUGGGAAUUGCCAGGUCCUCAGAUCAGACUCCAGUCAGGUUGAUUCUGUUGAGGAGGCUACCUUAGGCAAAGGCUACUUGCAGGCUGUAGAUAAUGAAGGGAAUCCAUUUUGUCUCAACUGCCAAAAGCCGACAGUCCAGAUUGACCAGAAGUCCAUCUCAACUGCCUGGGACACACGGUUCUGUUCUCAUAAGUGCCAGGAUGACUUCUUCUUCCGCACUAGCCAAAGUUACUUGAGAACUAAAGUAUUUGAGAUAGAACAUGGGGUUUGUCAGAUGUGUAGUCUAAAUGCCCAGGAACUCUACCUCUGUGUCAGAGAUGCCCCAAAGAAUCACCGUAAAAGUCUUCUGGAGAGCUCUUGGAUGUCCAAGCUUCCUUUAACACAGCUAAAUGAAAUUAUACUGAACCCAACUGAAGGUCACUUCUGGCAAGUGGAUCAUAUCAAGCCAGUCUACAGGGGGGGAGGACAGUGUUCUCUAGAAAAUCUUCAGACGCUAUGUACAGUUUGUCACAAGGAGCGAACAGCAAAGCAAGCCAAGGAAAGAAGCCAAAUGAAGAGACAAUGUAUCGCUUCAAAAUAUGGAUCUGAUAUUACCAAUUUCUUUGUGAAAUUAUGAGGCUUAUGCAUAGCUAACUAACUGAUAUAUACUUUAACAGGUUAAUUUUUGAUUGAAAAUCCCACUGUUAGGUUCAUUCAUCGUGUGUAUGUAUCUUUUACCCAACUUUUACUAAGGCUAGAAUUCUUAAUGUCACAUAAAUGUUGGAAAACUAGACAUACAUAAAUAAAUUCACAUACCACUCCAUGAAA